AACACAGGCGUCAAAAGUCGCUUUAUCGUUUAUCUCGAGAUGACGCACGAAUGGCGGAAGUGAUUAAUGUAACGACGGACUUACUAGAUUAAUUUACAUCUCAGGAUGAAAUGGAUGCAAUCACAAGAAACACAACAUUAAGCUUUUUUCCAAGUUGCUUGUGUGCAAAGGCGACGACCUUCCAAUUACCUCAGUGUCCGCGGCGAUACCGACGAUUACCAAGACACAUGUCGGGAGUCUGUAUAUAACAAAUUUAUGCGGAGCCUGGCUAGAGUGUAAGUUCAACUCCGCAGCUUUGUUUGGAAGUAUCCAGAUUAUCCACCAGAAAGUCUUCAUUGCUUAAAGAAUGUGCUGGCGAUCAAGGUCAUUUUCAUUCUAUGGUAGCUUUGGAAUCUGCUCGAGCAGCAGCUUUGGAUCCCUCAAGCUCUUUGAUAUAUGGUGCGGGUCCCUACACGUCUUUUGGAUGUCAUCAUCAUUCUCCUCUCGUGUGUCUGGUUGUUACCUUUAUGACGUUGACAAUGGAAAUUUUUGACGUGAUGGCUCGAUGGCGACUAAAAAGAAAUUGCAUUAUUUUCAUAUUGAAGUUGGUGGCGUCGUUAGUGAGGGGUCGGUAAGACGCGAGGAUUUUCUUCGUAUUUUUUUUGGUUAAUACGAAGUUAUCGCCG